CAGUACCUGGAGCUGGAGCUGGGCCGCGGGGCGCUGCUGGUGCGGGAGCGCAUGGACCGGGAGGCCCUGUGCGAGCUGACCCCCACCUGCUUCCUCAGCCUGGAGUUGGUCAUCGAGCAGCCCAUCGAGGUGUACAAUGUGGAGGUGGAGGUACUGGACAUCAAUGACAAUGCGCCGCGCUUCCCUCGCCAGGAUUACCGGCUGGAGAUCAGUGAAUCUGCCGUGCCCGGGGCUCGUUUCCACAUCGAGAGCGCCCAGGACCCUGAUGUGGGCACCAACUCUGUGCAGAGCUAUCAGCUCAGCCCCAGCCGCCACUUUGCCCUGGACCUUAAAGGCUUCCAGAGUGGUAGCAAACUCCUGGAAGGGGACCCCCCCAAGUCUGGGACAGCCCAGAUCUCUGUGCGAGUUGUGGAUACCAAUGACAACCCUCCUGCCUUUGACCGCUCCACCUACACCGUGAGCCUUCUGGAGAAUGCCCCGCCUGGCACGCUAGUGGUCAAACUCAAUGCCUCAGACCCCGACGAGGGCUCCAACGGGGAUGUGAUCUACUCCUUUGGCAGCUACACUCCAGAGAAGGUGAGGCAGCUCUUUAGUGUGGACCCACAUUCAGGGGAGGUGCGGGUUAAUGGCACCUUGGACUAUGAAGAAGCAUCUUCCUAUGAGAUCUAUGUGCAAGCCACGGAUCAGGGCCCUGUCUCUAUGGCUGGGCACUGCAAGGUGCUGGUCAACAUUGUGGAUGCUAACGAUAAUGUUCCUGAGGUGGUCCUGACCUCCCUGUACAGCCCAGUGCCAGAGGAUGCAAAGGCAGGAACUGUGGUGGCCCUGAUGAGUGUCACUGACCAGGACUCGGGGCCGAACAAGCAGGUGAGUCUGCGUAUCCCCCCUGGCCUCCCCUUCACGCUCAACUCUUUCAAGAACUCUUACACCUUGAUCACCCAGGGCAAACUGGACCACGAGAAAGCAGCAGCCUACAACAUUACAGUUACAGCUACCGACUCUGGGAGCCCCCCUCUCUCCUCCCAGAAGGUGAUCCAUGUGGAGAUCUCUGACAUCAAUGACAAUCCUCCACACUUUGAGGAACCCGUGUACUCAGUUUACAUCCCUGAGAACAACCCCCUUGGAGCUUUGCUGUGCACUAUUAAAGCCACUGACCCAGAUGUCGCCGAAAAUGCCUAUGUGUCCUAUUCUCUACUAGAUGGGGAGAUCGAAGGGCUACCUGUCGCCUCCUAUGUCUCCAUUAAAUCUGAUAGCGGCAACAUGUAUGCUGUCAGGUCCUUUGACUAUGAGACACUAAGGGAGUUCCAGGUGGUUGUUCAGGCUCAGGAUGCUGGGAGCCCACCACUGAGCAGCACUGUCACUGUCCACAUCUACGUGGUGGACGAGAAUGACCAUGCUCCACAGAUUCUGUAUCCUACCUCAACCAACACUUCAGCAGCCCUGGAGAUGAUCCCACGCUCAGCAUAUGCUGGAUAUUUGGUAACCAAAAUUAUAGCCAUUGAUGGGGACUCAGGACAAAAUGCCUGGUUGUUCUUCCACCUGGUGCAAACCUCAGAUCCAGGUUUGUUCAGGGUAGAACUUCAUACUGGGGAGAUUAGGACUACUCGCAAACUGGGAGAGGACAGCACACCUACUUUCAACCUGACGGUGGAGGUGAGAGACAAUGGAGAGCCACCGAUGUCCUCAUCAGUAGCCAUCACUGUUGCUGUGGUGGACAGAGUUUCCAAAAUCAUCCCUGAUACAAGAAGGCAUGUUAGAAGUCCGAGCAAUUACUCAGAGAUCACUCUUUAUCUCAUUAUCGCUUUGAGCGCCAUCUCCUUCGUUUUCCUUUUCACAAUCAUUGGGCUUACUGUUAUCAAGUGCUACAGAUACAGUCUGUAUGGGGACUCCUGCUGUGCAGGGUUCUGUGGGGUCAGAGAACGGUGCCCUGCUGACUUAUACAAGCAGGCCAACAACAACAUCGAUGCUAGGUUGCCCCACGGUUUAAAAGUACAACCCCAUUUCAUUGAAGUGAGGGGCAAUGGGUCUCUCACUAAGACCUACUGCUAUAAGGCAUGCCUAACUGCAGGAUCAGGAAGUGACACUUUUAUGUUUUACAAUACCUGUGGCCCAACAGGAACUACUGGUCCCUCUGCAGUGAUGACUGAGAGGCAUCUGACAGGACAGAGUGGGCAGAGUGCACAAAACCUGAUCAUACUUAAAAAUGACUCCAUUACUCCUAAUGAGCCAAAACACCCCAAUCCUGACUGGCGCUACUCUGCAUCCCUACGGGCAGGCAUGCAAAGGGUGCUGUGCAUAUGGAGGAGGCAGGAGUCCUGCGUGGCGGACCAGGAGGGCCUGAUCAGCAGUGGCCAACGGUUUCCAGUGCUACUCCAG